AUGUCGCUGCGCCACGACGCGGUGUACAUCCACGGAGACGAGGCUUCGGUGGCGAAGGCGAAGCAGGAAAUCGAGGACAUCGUGGCGAAGUAUGCGGAGUUCCACGAGGAUUCGCUGGACGUGCCCAAGGAGGAGAUCGGCGUGCUGCUCGGAAAGAACGGAGACAAUCUGCGCGCCUUGGAGAGCCAGCUCGGCGUGUCGGUGCACAUCGAGGGCAGCAAGCUGCGAAUCUGGGGUCCCGCGUCCGCUUUGCCCGCAGCGAAGGCCGGAAUCGUGUCCAACCUGGAGGAGCGCGUGUAUCUCACGGAGGAACUGAACUGCACGGGCAAGCAGAUCGAGUUCCUGCGAGCGGAGCGCUUCGAAGUGGUCCACGCGAUCCAGAACGCGUACAAUGUGACCAUCACGCUGCCUCGCGAGUUCCCUCUCUCUGGACCCAUCAAGGUGGCUGUGCGCGGAAAUCGCAGACAGCUCGACGAGGCGAUUCCCGUGGUGCGCGAGGCGCUGCAGGGCUUGAUCCGCUGCGAGCUGCAUCUGGACGGAAUGGUUCACCGUCUGCUCACGGAGAGCUCGCUCCAGUUCCAGCGCCUCGCUCUGGAGAGCCGCUGCCGCAUCCAGCCCGACGAGGCCGCGGGUCUCGUGCGCAUCGUGGGUCCGAAGCAGGGCGUGGAGCUGGUGCAGGUCCGCGUGUGGGAGCAGCUGGCGGCGCUGGACCCCUCGCUCUACCGCAAGAUCGACGUGAGCGAAGCGGUGCUGCUGGGUCUGCAGGAGAAGAAGGACGCGAUGAAGACGUUCUCCAAGCAGCACGGCGUGCAGCUGCGUCUGCUGCCGCAGGCCGUGCUGGUGGAGGCCCCCGCCGCCGCGAUGGACGAAGCCGUGGCGUUCGUGCAGACGCUGGCCGACGCCGCCGCGCAGGAGAGUCUGCUGAUCCCCGUGGGGCAGGACCGCGUGGCGUUCGUGAUCGGAGCGCAGGGCGCGCGCAUCAACGGCAUCAUCAAGCAGUCGGGCGCCCAGCUGCGCGUGCUGCGCGAUGAGUGGGUGCACGUGCUGGGCACGCCGGAGCAGGCGGCGAAGGCGCGCGCCCUGCUGGAGACGGCGCUGGAGGAGUACGCGGCCACGCACGUCGCCUUCCAGGUGGACGAGGCGCUGGUGUACGCGAUCCGCGGUCCCCGCAACAGCAACCUGGUGCGCAUUGAGCGCGAGUGCCGCGUGCGCGUGCGACUGGAGCAGGACGGAGCGGUGAGCAUCGUGGGAAACGCCGGCGAGGACGUGGCCAAUGCACGCGCCGCCCUGGAAAAACUCGAAGAGGAGGCUCGGGCGAACCCCGAGCAGGAAACGGCGUACCGAGGAGGAGAGAAGCCCCGCCGAAGGGAGCGCGAGCAGGGAGCGGAGGAGCGAAAGCAGAAGAAGGAAAGAGAAGCAGAAGCAGAAACAGAAACACCCGCUGAAUCGGUGUGGGAAAAGCUGAAACGCGCUCCCCUGCUGCCAUCCAAGACGGUCGGAGGAAGCGAUAUGUACAAGUCGGAGAGUGGAUACACCGUGGAGUUAUAA